AUGUCGUCGUCCAACCCUCGCGGGGCCGUCGUCGUCUCCCCCCACGACAUCUGGAAGAAGCUCGAAGCCUACCUCCUGCGGCUGCCCGUUCUCACGCGCAUCGUCAUGCUGCUGAUCGCCGCGUUCCACUUCGCGGCCACCUUCGGCCUGCCAAUGGCCGAGUAUUUUGCGCUGAGCCCGGGGAAGAUGGACUUGGGGCAGAUGCACCGACUCAACACUUACCCCCUCGUCCACCUGGGCCUGCUCCACGCGAUCUUUAACCUCCUCGCGCUCACCCCGCUCCUUGAGCGCUUCGAGCGCGAGUGCGGAACCCUCAAGACUCUCCUCCUCAUCCUCGGGCCGCUCGUAACCUUCCCCGGCUUCCUCUACCUCGGCAUUGAGAUGUUCCUGCUCAACGGCAACACCACCGUCGCCGGCGCCAGCGCCCUCGUGUUCACGCUCAUGGCCAUCGAGUCCGUCAAGACGUACGGCUUCCAGCCAUACUACAUCAUCGCCGGCUACGAGUUCCCGUCCUACUUCACGCCCGUCUUCUGGAUGGUGCUCAUGGCGUUCCUGAUGCCGGGAUCAUCCCUGCUGGGACACUUUUGUGGGCUGGUGAUUGGUUAUGCUUAUGCGUGCCGAUACCUCCGCCUGCUGGAGCCCUCAGAAUGGCUGAUGGGCAAGGUGGAGCAGAAGCUCUCGUUCAUCUUCAGCAGGGUGCCACACUAUGUGGCGCUGGAUAGGCGCGCGGAGCUGGGCUACUGGGAGUUUAUGCCGAUGGCGGGCAGCUUCAGGAGCGCCAGGGGUGCGGUGCCGACGGCGGCGGCGGCGCAGAGCGAUAUGGAGGAUGGGUUUGCGGGGCCCGGGAUCAGGCUGGGGAGUUAA